AUAGGGCUGCAGAACAGAGUACAAUAUAAAUCUGGAUUUUCUGAAGAAAUGUGCCCCAAAGUUUCAGCACAGUUGCUUAGCCAAGAAUCCUGCCUUAAAAGGUGAAUAUGAAAAAGGACAAACGUGUUCAUGUAUGAUAAGGUUUUGAGGAGAGAAACAGUGUUUCAGAGACUCAUUAGGGAUGAUCUGAAAAAAAAAAAAAACCCAGAUGGGGCAGUGGUAGAAGGGGUGGGGGCAGUCAGCGUUGGGUGCCCAUCCACAAAACGUGAUGGAAGAAAUAUAAACGCCUUGCUAACCCGGGAGUUCGGCAAAGGAUUAAUUACACUAGAUCUAAAAACUGUACCCAUGCAUGCGUGCUCUUCGAUGCUCUGGAUACAGUAACGGUAACAAAAUGAAUACGAGGCAACUUUUAAUAAAUGGUAGGCCAGGCACCGCGACAAAUGCUGAAAAUAAACGACUCAAUUUCCUCCACACGACAUUCUAUGCAACAGAAGUUGUCUAGGUAUCCUCAGUUCUUGGGACAGCAGGAGAUGGGUGCAUGCACCUUUCCUAAGUCAAUACGGAUAACUGGUCAGCGUUCUCAGCCUCAGGCUUUUGCAUCUUGUACAGGUACUGCUGCAUUUAGAGCUAAAAAAAAAAAAAAAACUGGGCAGAGCUGCAGUAGUGGAGUGGACCACUGGGUGGCAGUGACCCUGAACCUCAGCGCUUCUCAUCUAGAAAGAGCAGGGACUUGAGGAGAGCGGCUCAGUCUCUAGGCCACCAUGGCAACUGGACAGAAGUUGAUGAGGGCUGUUCGAGUGUUUGAGUUUGGUGGACCUGAAGUGCUGAAACUCCAGGCCAACGUGGCCGUUCCUGUCCCCAAAGACCAUCAGGUUCUAAUCAAAGUCCACGCCUGUGGUGUCAACCCCGUAGAGACCUACAUUCGCUCUGGCACCUACAGCCGAAAACCCAUGUUGCCCUACACUCCAGGCACCGAUGUGGCGGGGGUCAUCGAAUCUGUUGGAGACAAUGUAUCUGCUUUCAAGAAAGGGGACCGGGUCUUCUGCUCCAGCACAGUUUCUGGCGGUUAUGCAGAGUUUGCUCUGGUAGCGGAUCACACUGUCUACACCCUGCCCGAGACGCUGAACUUCAAGCAGGGCGCUGCGCUUGGGAUCCCAUACUUUACAGCCUGCAGGGCUCUGUUCCACAGUGCCCGGGUGCGAGCUGGGGAAAGCGUCCUGGUUCACGGGGCCAGUGGAGGAGUUGGAUUGGCUACAUGCCAGAUUGCCAGAGCUCAUGGCUUAAAGGUUUUGGGCACCGCUGGUUCUGAGGAAGGAAAAAAGCUUGUUCUUCAAAAUGGCGCUCAUGAAGUGUUUGACCACAAGGAAGUUAAUUAUAUUGAUAAAAUCAAGAAAGCUGUUGGUGACGAGGGUGUUGAUGUGGUUAUUGAGAUGCUGGCGAAUGUGAACCUGAGUAAUGACUUGAAGCUCCUGUCCCGUGGAGGGCGGAUAAUCGUUGUUGGCUGUCGAGGCACUAUUGAGAUAAACCCAAGGGACACCAUGGCAAAGGAGACGAGCAUAAUUGGAGUUUCUCUCUUUUCAUCCACCAAGGAGGAACUUCAGCAGUUUGCAGGCAUCCUCCAAACAGGAAUGGAAAAAGGUUGGGUGAAACCCGUGAUAGGUUCUGAGUACCCUUUGGAGAAAGUGGUCCAGGCCCAUGAAGACAUCAUCCAUAGCAGUGGGAAGACCGGGAAAAUGAUUCUUCUCUUAUGAUGACCAAUUCUUUCUGGGAUGCCCUGUGCCACUGUGACAUCUUCACUCCCAAGUCUUUCUGAUACCAUCUUUAAUCAGCGUUCAUUUCAUUGAGUUUCAUGUAUUAAAAACACUAAUUUAGGGAGUAGACAGUGGAGUAACACCAUAGCAGACAGCAGUAUGUAGUCUUGCGUGGUGUUAGCAUGCAUCUCAAAACUGUUUUUGCUUCUCUCUCUUUGUUUUCUUUGUUUGGUUUAGUGUUUCUAUUUUGUUUUGAGACAGAAUCUUGCUCUGCAGUUCAUGCUGGCAUUGAACUCAUGGCAAUCCUUCUGUCUCAACUUUCUGAGUGCCAGGAUAAUAGUCCUGGACUGCCACACAACUUCAUUUCAGAACUUCUUAAUUCUUUAACUUCAUGCCUUUGCCUAAAAUGUACUAAUUCAAAAUAAGACUAUAAAUCUGCUUGGACUUCCAAGCCUACCUACCUUUAUUAAGAGUCACCAGUCCUCUGAACGGCGGUGACUGUUUGGACUCUGCAGGCUUUCUGGGCUGAAAAACAUACUUCUAAAAUGAACAUCCUCUCAGCCUCUGGGAAGGGCGAACAUGAGUAACGCUGGGGACGCUGUCAGUCUGUUUUCCUCACAUUCCCGAAAACGCUGACAACUCAAUGAGCGCUGGUCACCAGCCACGUUCCGGGAGGUCAGCAACCUUAUCUAGGUCUGUGGUGUUCAGUGCAGUCCUCCAUUAAAUGCCUCAUGGUUCUUUAGGGUUUCCUGAGCGUGUGACACGAGUCAUAUAAUUUGACGUAAUUUCACCUAAAAUUGUAAGUUCACACAUUUCGCACAUGGGCAAGGUCUGCUUUAGUUCUCAUGGUUUUGUAACCUGGAAUAAAUUCUGUAGAAC